UAUAAAAUAACAAAAUAAUAUUAGCUCAACUUCAAGCAGCGGCUCAUCAUAAAAAUUCAGAUCCCGAUUGCGAAUCAGACAAAAUUCACAACAAUAAUUUGUCAAUGAAACGCGAUCCGAAAAGUUUUCCAUCAAAUCUUAUAGCCGUAUCAAUCGCCGAGUGUCAAUUAAAUUAGCGCGCCAAUAUCGAGCGAGCUUCGAAGCCAAAGCCAAAGCCAGGCGCAACAGGUGCCGCUCUCCCGCUCUGCGUGUGCGUGCGUGCGUGAGUGCGUGAGUGUGUGUGCAGGUGUGUGAAACGCCAUUUUUUAAGUCAAGUGAAAACCAGCUCUAAAUUGUUUUUCAUAUAAAAAAGUGAAAGGUGGGCAAAAAGUGCAUCAAAUUGUUCGUUGAUCAUUUAUGAAUGAGCAAGGAAAAUAAAGUUAGAAAACUUUAAGCAGCUACAGAGAAUGGCUCGUGUGUGAGCGGUCACAAGGGGCAGCAGCAGCAACAGUAGCAGCCGCCGCAGAGGAAGGACAAUUUGUGGCGCGCACACACACAGAGAGCAACACAGCUGCAGACAUGGCAAACAUGGCGUAUGCGCAACGUGCAACUGCAACUGCAACAACAUGUGUUAUUUCAGUUUAUUUACUGAGCAAAUCGUGUCAAUUGAGCCAUACACGCUCCAAGGCACAGCAUAAUUGAAACUCUCUGCAAUUGCCAAUAUUCAAAAGAGAAAAAAAAAGGAAACAAAAAAGAAAUCAGAAAUUAAAUCAAAUUUAUUUAACGCCCCAAUUCGCCUCUGCAAACAUGUCCGAGUUUCGGUUCUUUUCGUACACCGACUUUGCUUUUCGAACGAAUCACUCGCAGAACCUGAUCAAUCUGCCCUUUACCCAAUACCAUGCGGCUGACAGCACGCAGGAGACGGAGCAGCCCGAUAUCGAGCUGAACGUGCCCUACACCGUCUUCGAGGUGCUCGUGGCCAUCAUCAGCAUCAUUGGCAACCUGAUGGUGAUCAUUGUCUUCCGGCGCGAGCGCAAGCUGCGCCGUCGCACCAACUACUACAUCGUCUCUUUGGCCAUGGCGGACUUCCUCGUUGGCUCGCUGGGCGUGCCCUUUGCCAUAUUGGCCUCGAUUGGUUUGCCCAAGAACCUGUACGCCUGCCUCUUCACCGUAUCGCUGCUGGUGGUGCUCUGCACCACAUCCAUCUUCUGCCUGGUGGCAGUCUCCGUGGAUCGCUACUGGGCCAUACUCUACCCGAUGGCCUACUCCCGCAAUGUGCGCACCCGCACAGCCAUUGUCAUCAUAUCCGUGUGCUGGCUGGCUGGCGCUAUUGUGGGCUUUCUGCCGCUCUUCGGCUGGCACGCGGAUGUGCCCCACAAUCAGACAUGCCUGUUCGUUGAGGUUAUGGACUACAACUAUCUGGUCUUUCUGUACUUUGCCACCAUCAUCACGCCGGCACUGCUCAUGCUGGCCUUCUACACGCACAUCUAUCGGGUGAUUAUCAAGCAGGUGCGCCAGAUUGUGACCAUGAAUCCCGCAUCGGAUCUAAGCCGACGCUCCUCCACCGCCCAGAUGCAGGUGACCACGCAAGGGCGCGGCGGCCACACAGGCACCAUGCUCCGCGUGCUGGGCGCAGCACGUAAACGGGACGUCAAGGCCACGCAGAAUCUGUCGAUCAUUGUGCUCUUCUUUAUGAUCUGCUGGAUACCGCUGUACACGAUCAACUGCAUCAAGGCCUUCUGUCCGAACUGCUAUGUGCAUCCCAAGCUGACGCUGUUCUGCAUCAUACUCUCCCACCUCAAUUCGGCUGUCAAUCCCGUGCUCUACGCCUACCACCUGAAGGACUUUCGCAUGGCACUGAAGAACCUCAUGCUGAGGCUGAUGGGCGUCGACAUCGAUCAGCAGGCGGAGGCCAUACAUCGCUUCUCGCUGGCCAGCCAGCACCGCUUACAGUCGAUGGACUCCACCAUGCGCACCACGCAACCGCGCAUGUAUGUGGGUGAGUACUCCCCCAUCUGGCUGCGCCAGCAGCAGGAGGCGCUCAAGAACUCUCAGCUGCUGCCCAAGUGCGGCGUGCUCACGCCCUGUGUGAACAACAUCAAUCAGACGGUGGCCGCUGCCGUGGCCGUCACCACGGACAUUGAGCGAGACAUGUGGAACAUUGUGGAGGCCUCCAGCGGCGCCGAGCUGGGCGAGAUUAGCUACGAGUUUCCCAGUGCCAAGCGGGAGAGCGAUCAUGAGAGCAGCGCCUCUGUCUCAGUGCCGGCGACUGCGCAGCCAGCAGCGCAGCCAGCGUCGCAGCAGCAGCGCUGCGACAGCGCCUUCUCGUACGACAACCAGAACUACUCGACGGGACCUGAAGACGGCAUCAGCCUGCCCGAUGAUCUGGACGACUAUGAGGAUGUGUUUGUGCCGCCGAGCGGCAAUAGCAACUACCAGGGCGUCGAUCCCGUCGAGCUGCGUCGAUCGUUGGCCUGUGUCAUGCGCGAGAAGUUGCGCAGCGACGACACCGACUACUACAGCCAACAGUGCGCACUGCAGGAUGCCCCCAGCGGUGAUCAGGAGCAGCCGUCGACGUUGGAACGAAUAAGACCCUGCUCCACGCGCACUUCCCCUAGCAACGGCGCACUGCCGCAGCAGCUGCGCGCCAAGCUGCUCGCCGGCAACUCAAACAGCGAUCACUGCCUGACCCUGCCCAGCACAGGUGCCAAUAGCGCCGGCAUCUAUGUCAUCGAUGGCGCCACGAAUCCGCUGUCGCCUGGCCACAAGCCGAAGUAUCGCAAGUCCACGGCACUGACGCGAAACUCGCGCAAGAAGAGUCGCUCCUGCAACUGCACCAACGAACAGAAGCAAGCCAGUCCCAGUGAAGUAAACAACUCAACAGCCGCCCAGCCCAAUCAUAAUCUCAGCACUAGACAUUCGGAGGAGUCGCCGGCAGUGCAGCCGAGUCACGAGCACUUCUUCAGUCCGCUAAAGUCGGUGGGCAGCUUCAUGCAGCAUUCCAAUCUCUUCAAUCUCUUCCAGCCGCACACAACGGCGGCCACAGCCUCAACGACGUUGAGCAUUGCGCCUGGCCCAGGCUCAGGGACAGGAGCAGGGGAAAGCGCUGUAGCUGGAUCCGGUGCUCCGGUGUUAACUGUGCCCAAUUCACGACUGACCGUUGGGCCAUUGACCUCCACGUCGGCCUCUUCGUCCUCGUCCCUAGUCGCUGCCAGCGUUGAGAGUUGACCAACGGUCAAUGCUCCUCCAGUGGCAGGCAAAGACUAGGCAAAUACUCGCAAGACAAAAGCUUUUAGCAUAAGUACCUAGUUUUCGAGUUUCAAACGACUCCAUCAUAGAUCAAUGCCUGGAACAGCCGGAAGCGGAAACGGAAACGGAAACGAAAGCAUUUCCAGCUCCAGAUGUUCCUACAGUUUCAGUUCGAUUUAGUGAAUCAUGAGCAUUUAUUUUCCAAUGUAAUUAUCUUUAUUUCUUUUGUUUAAUUAGUUAAUUGUUUGGAACUAAGCUUAAAGUCAAUUUUAAGUAAA